CACAGAUACAAAUGUAAUAUGUAUACACUUGAAAAAUAUUUGACUUGCGUGGGUGGAUCCUGUAUUCGUUCAAAAGUUACCUAAGUGGUAAAGUUAAGGAAGAGAUAUGUAUAGAAAAAUAGUACUAUCAGCAAGAUUAGAAAUAAACUUGUGAAUCGCAGUCAGUGUUACAUGAAUAACAGACCUAUAUGUGCGUGGCCGAUUUAAGUUAACCAAAAAUGAAGACUUGUCAAUUAACUUGGUUUAUUUUUAAUGUAUAUUUAGUAUACACUUUUAAUUUGGAGCCAAGAAUACCUGUUAUCAAAAGAGGACUGAAUGGCUCUUAUUUCGGUUAUUCUGUAGCUGAACAUCAAGAAAUUCCAGAGGAUGGUUCAGAAAACCUAAAAAGUUGGAUGUUAAUCGGUGCUCCAUUGGAUCAAAACAGACAACCAAAUACUAACAGAUCUGGUGCAUUGUGGCAAUGUCCACUUACAACAUAUCAAAGGGAUUGCACUCAAGUGAUCACAGAUGGAAGAAUAACAGAGGCAGUUCUGUAUGAUUCAAGUUCGGAAUCCGAUGACUUACAACCACCAGGAAAUGAUGAAAUAAAAAACAAUCAAUGGUUGGGAGUAACAGUUCGUAGUCAGGGCUCAGGAGGCAAAGUAAUGGUAUGUGCACACAGACACAUUGUGAAAACAGCAGAUUCACAGUGGGGUCAAGGGCAAUGUUAUAUAUUAACACAAGACUUGAAAUAUCAAGAUUUAAAAAAACCUUGCUCUGGAAAACCAACAAAUAAAGCUCAUGAACAAUUUGGAUACUGUCAAGCCGGAACUAGUGGUGUACUUACUGCAGAGGAUCGUGUUGUAAUUGGUACACCAGGUCCACAUACAUGGAGGGGAACUUUAUAUCUUUUUACAAUUUCAGACGACUUUUUAACUAGAGAAAGUACUGUUUACAAUGCUCCAAUGCAAGAUUCUUCUCCUGUCAGCAAGUACAGUUAUUUAGGAAUGUCUGUUGCUGUGGGGAAUUUCUUUAAUAAUGGAUUGGCAUAUGCUGCUGGAGCACCACGUUCUAAUGGAACUGGUCAAGUUGUUUUACUUACACGACAAGAUUAUAAACCAGAUAUGAACGUAGCUCUCGUAUUAGAUGGCGAACAAUUUGCGUCAAGUUUUGGAUAUGAAAUUACGUCUGCGGAUGUUAACGGAGACAAAAUUUCAGAUCUUAUAGUUGCAGCACCAUUUUAUUUCAAUAAAGCAGAAGGAGGUGCUGUAUAUGUAUAUACGUCAUUGCAGAAAUCUUUCAAGGAUACUGAAAAAAGUAAACCUAUUAAACUUGUUGGUCGUGAGGAAUCAAGAUUCGGAUUUGCAUUAACGAAUUUGGGAGAUUUGAACAAAGAUGGAUACGAGGAUAUUGCAAUUGGAGCACCUUAUGAAGAAAAGGGAACGGUGUAUAUAUACUUAGGUGCCAAAAAUGGAAUAAUUACAGUGCCAUCACAGGUAAUACACGCAGAUGAUAUGCCACAACCGUUACAAACAUUUGGUUACUCAUUAAGUGGAGGAAUUGAUAUGGAUCAAAAUGGAUAUUCGGAUUUGUUGGUUGGAGCUUAUGAAAACGAUGCCGUAGCGCUUCUUCGUUCAAAAAAGAUUAUUGAUAUCACCACGUAUAUCCGCUACUUAAAAAGAAAUGGUACAUAUCAGGAAAGAAUAGAACCUAUCGAUCCUAAUAAAUUUGGAUGUUCAGAAGACCCUGAUUCAAAUUACACAUGUUUUUCGUUUGAAGCUUGUUGUAAAACAGAAUCUCUUAUAAAAGAAGAGGAUAUGCAAAAUUUAAAACUAAAUUAUUACAUUGAAGCCGAAACUUACACGGGGAUUAAAAAAUUCUCAAGAGUAUGGUUUGGCGCUGGUAAUUCUCGUCCACAUUAUAUAAAUCGUACAGUUACUUUAGACACAACAAAAUUUGAGCAUUGUCAGAAAGAAAUAAUUUAUUUGAAGGAAAAUACACGCGACAUUCAAUCACCAAUUAAAUUCCGGUUAAAUUACUCUUUAAUACAAGAGGAACCAAUCAUGCCAGCUGAAGGGCAACCUUUACCUGAUAUAAAAAAUUAUCCUAUCUUAAAUCAGCAAGAAGCUGCACGCAUAUUUGAAGCAACUUUUCAAAAAGAUUGUGGUAAUAAUGACAUUUGUGAAAGUGAUCUGCAAGUCAAGGCUCGAUUAAAUUUAUCAGCUUCAUCUGAGAAACCUCACAUCUAUGAACUCCUUUUGGGUGAAAGGGAGGAAGUUGUGGUAGAUGUAAGUGUAUCUAAUAUCGGAGAAUCAGCAUAUGAAGCUCAACUAUUCAUCGUUCAUUCGCAUAGUUUGAAUUACAUCGCUAUUAAAAGUAAUGAUUCCGUAAUUUGCAAUUUGCAUAAUACUACAUUAGUGGCUUGUACCAUUGGUAACCCGUUGAAGAAAGAUAAAAUGGUAAAUAUACAAGUAAGAUUUGAUCCUAAAGAAUUGGAAGAUAACGAAUCGAAAUUAGGAUUUCUAAUAUUCGCAAAUUCUACAUCAAAAGAAAUAAAGGAAAAGGAGCCUACAAGAUUGCAAGCAACAGUAGUUAAAUGUGCAGAAUUAUCAAUUAAAGGAAGUGUAAAAAUUCCAUGGGUUUACUAUGGUGGGCCAGUCGUGGGCGAAUCAGCUAUAAAACACUUAAAUGAAGUUGGGCCAAAAGUUUUACAUAUUUAUCAAGUAUUUAAUAAAGGUCCUUGGAGGGUAAGCACUUUAGAAGUUCGAAUUUCAUGGCCUUACGAAGUGGCAAAUGACAAGGCUCAUGGCAAAUGGCUUUUGUAUUUAGAAGAAAUGCCAAGUGUACAAGCUUUAGGUGAUGGCGUAUGCACGUUGCCACCAGAUCACCAGUUUAAUCCAUUAAAAUUACAAGAUAGUGCUAGUUAUGAUGAUAUCAAUAUCUUUCAAUCUGCAAUAUCUACACCGCCUACAACUAAUAACGACACGAAUUAUGUAAGAAUGAAAAGAGAUACAGAAAAAGUCGUUAAUACACGAACAAUGAUUGAUAGCGACGGUAAUAGACGACAAAUAGUUUCAAUAAAUUGCAAAGCAGGAACUGCAAAAUGUUUUGAAAUUACAUGCUUCAUAUAUAAUUUACAAAGAAAACAAGAAGCAAUAAUAACUGUUAAAGCAAGAUUAUGGAAUUCUACACUUGUAGAAGAUUAUCCUAAAGUGGAUGAUGUAAAAAUAGCUUCUAAUGCGAAAAUAGUUAUACCUUCAAAUGUUGAGAUUCAACAAGAAAAUUUGAAAGAUGAUUUUGCAAUUGCUGAGAUGACUGUACAUCCGGAUCAUAUUGAUCUGCAAGAUAAGGAAUCUAUACCCAUUGAGAUAAUUAUAGGAGCUGUCGUAGCAGGUUUGAUAUUACUUAUUAUACUUACCUUAGUUCUACGAAAUCAUUGUAACAGUUUUAUCACUUUAUUAAAGAUUGGAGUUUCACAUAUGGGUGUGAGUCAGUACAUAGGGCAGUUACAAAAUCAGUGA